AUGGUGGGUGAUGCGGGGCCCAAACUGAACCCCCACAGGCCUGACUCCCCAGCCCUUGACCGAGAAAGAGAUUUGGAAAAGGGAGCCUGGGGGCGCCCCGCGCUGGAGUGGCCAGGCCAGGCCCAGCAUUCCAUCCUGCUGUUAGGGACCCCAGUUUCUUCUCUCUUGCCCCCCAGAUUCCUAGCAUUGCAUCCUUGCGGUCAGGGACCCCAUCUCUCUGGAUUCCACCCUCAGCCUUUCGUUGUGGUCAGGGGGACCCCCGAUCCUUCUGAAGUCCAAGUUCCGGGGGGGUCCCCUCUCCCCCCUUCCUGUCAGCCUCACCCCGCUUUCUGCCCCAGUCCUUCCGGUCCCAUCCGCUCCUGCUGUGCACCACCCCUCCCCACCCCGCACCUGCUCCCCCUCCAGGUGCGUCUCCAGCUCCCCCUAACCCUGACCUUCCGGGCUGCAGCGGGACUGGAAGUCGGGGGGCUGGGGCGGGGCGCCCUCGGGACCCGGCUCACCGUCGGGGAUGCCAGCCGCGCUCGCUCGCUCUCCGGGCCCGGCCAUGAGAGCCGCCGCAGUAUUUAUGAGUUUGCAGGUGCCCAGGCUCCCGCCGCCCACAGCUGCCAAGCCCGGAAGGACAGGCCGCCUCGGGGUGACGGGCUCCCCAGACAGCCGGCCCCGGGCCCCACAGGUUGGGCCGGUCCCCGGCGCCCCACGCCCACCGGUCCGCCCCCUCCCCAGGGUGGGGCGCAGGAGGGGGCGCGGGGAGGUCUGGAGCUGCGGCGCAGCCGCCUCCCCGCGGGACACAGACUGAAUCCUGCUCCUCCUAGGCCCCCCCGGGCAUCCAUAAAGCCAGGUGAGCGGUGUUCCGUGGGCCUGGGCGGUUGUGCGUCCGCAUCCCUGUUUGCUCACCUGUGGAAGGAGGUGGUGGCGUCCCUACCCACAGCUGGGUGA